AUGACCAUAAAAAAGGUCAUUGUCGUCGGGGCUGGGCCAUCAGGACUCCUUUUGGGGAUUCUCCUGGCCAAACAAGGCAUCCAAGUUGAAUUGUUAGAAGCAACCUCCGAACUUGACAAACAACCUCGUGCCGCUCAUUAUGCACCGCCUGCCGUGUACGAGCUGGAGCGCGCAGGGGUUCUGGAUGAUGUGAAAGCCCGUGGAUUCUUACCCAGGGACAUGUCUUGGAGGAAAAUCGACACAACCUUCAUUGCCGGGUUGAACUUCGAAGAUACCCCGAAGGAAUAUCGUCCUUAUCGGAUGGUAGUGCUUCCAUUGGAUCGACUGGGAGAGGUUUUGUACGAGCAUAUCCAGCGACAGCCUACGGCUCAAGUGAAAUGGUCACACAAGGUUGUAAAGAUCGGGCAGGAUGGGGACACUGCCUGGGCGGAGGUUGAGACACCUUCGGGUCUGCAGACGCAUGAAGCACACUACAUCAUUGGAUGUGAUGGAGCGAGUAGCACUGUCCGAAGGCAGCUAUUUGGGCCAGAGUAUCCUGGAGUCACUUUGAAUACGCAGCUCGUCGCGACAAAUGUGUACUACGACUUCGACAAAUAUGGUUAUUGGGAUACCAACUUCAUUGUUCAUCCCAAGAAUUUCUAUAUGGCAGCUCGACUUACAAAAGACGGUCUCUACAGGGUUACCUAUGCUGAUAUCCCUGGGCUUAGCCGCGAGGAGUACAUCAAACGACAGCCCUUGAGGUACCAAGAGAUUCUUCCCGGUAACCCCAAACCCGGCGAUUAUCGCAUCACCAAAAUCGGUCCGUACAAAAUGCAGCAACGAUGUGCGCCUAGCUUCCGAGUCGGUCGGGUUAUUCUCGCUGCAGAUGCGGCACAUCUAUGCAAUCCUUUUGGUGGCCUAGGCCUUACGGGUGGUAUAGUUGAUGUCGGACAUCUUUUCGACGCGCUGAUGGAAAUCCAUCAGGGAACAGCCGGUGAUAGUAUUCUGGAUGAGUACAGUGAUGCUCGCAAGAAGAUUUGGGCCGAGAUUAUCGAUCCUAUGUCAAGAGAGAACUUUCGACGAUUGCAUGACCAGGACCCCGACAAGGCUCGAGAAAAUGACGAAUUCUUCAAGCUUUGUAUCCAGGCCGAGACGGAUAAGAAGCUCGCUAGGGAUUUGAUGAGGGGCUUUGACGCUCUUAGACAUGAUGGGAAGCUACCUCCCAAAGCACAAGAUAUCAAGUCACUCUUGUAG